GUACCAGCGAACCUCCUUUCUGCUGCUGGGUUAAAGAAACGCAAACUUGUACAGCAGGUUUGACCGAAAUGCAAAAAAAAAAAAGUCUUAUUGUCUGUGCAAAUUUACCCGCAUUGCUCUCUCCUAUCUCUGUCGUGUUCGCAGCCUCUCUUUUUGUUUCUCUGUCAUCAUGGGUAGAUAGAGUGACAAAGUCACAGGUAUCAAGGUGGGGAUGGGAGGGAGAGAAAGAGAAGACAGAGGAAGAGGCGCUCCAGUCUGAUACUACAAACUGAAUGGUAGAGAACAGGAAGCACCUGGUUUCAUUUCUGCCCCGCUAAGUUGGGCACACUCCCAUGACCACACGGAGAUCAUGGCCGCAGAAAACUUUGCUGAAUUCUUGAACAAACUGAAGGAAUUGCAUGAGAAGGAAGUCCAAGGCCUGCAAACAAAACUGAACGAGCUCACCAAUGAGAGAUGUCGAGACACCCAGAGAAUCGAAGAGCUGUUCGCCAAAAACCACCAGCUACGAGAGCAGCAGAAAGUCCUAAAAGAAAAUGUGAAAGUGUUGGAAAACAGGUUGCGAGCUGGUCUCUGCGACAGAUGCCAAGUGACCCAGGAGCUUGCGAAGAAGAAGCAACGCGAGUUUGGGAAGGCCCAUUUUCAGAGCCUUCAGCACAUCUUCAUCCUCAGUAAUGAAAUGAACAAGAUGAGAGAGGAAAACAAGAGCCUGAAAGAAGAAAUGAAGAGGCUCUGCGGCACAGAGGACAGACAGAAGCCUCUGAGAGGGUCGUCGAGAGAAGGGAGCUCCAACCCAAACUCCCCGCUGCCCUUGAUCUCCACACAGAGCAGGAAACCCAGCGCUGAGAAAUCCACAAGCCGAGAAGCAGAAGACGAGUAUGACGAACCGUUCGGCCGUCCACUGGCAGGAGAUCAGUCUCCAGGACAGAGAAGCUCCCCGGGUAGCAGGGUCUCUCCGAACAUCCUUCUCCAGGGAGAUCAUGCUCUCGAGAUGCAUUCUUCGCAGAGGAUAGCCAAUCAGCUGCACGGAACAAUUGCAUUACUGAGGCCUGGCUCAAGAUCCUGCUCCCAGGAAAGAGAUUGCCCAGGAAGUGCUACCCCACCCCCUGCAAGUGAAACACCCCCACCCCCAGCAUCUGAUCGAAUUCCCAGCUUUGAAGCUUAUUUAAGAGCCAGCAAAUCGGACUGCCGGGAACUUGCUUCAUCUUACAAGGCUCUGAAGUUUGCCGCCAGAAAGGAGCAAUCCUGCCUCCCCAGCCAACACUUUGCUUUGAACCAUCUUGGGCUGCAGAGUAACUCCAGCAGCAGGGAAAGUGGCUUCCCUCACCGCUUACUAAUGGCCAGAGAGGCAGGAGGCCGAAUGAAGUCACAAGACGACUGGGAAGAUCAAGCUGCCAUCUUGGAUCUCCCUGGCGCUAUGGUGUACAUGAAGGACCGCCAUUUAGAGAACAGACUCCAGUUUCUUAAUCAUCCAGAGAAGCUCCGUUAUUUAUUGAUGCAACAGCAGGAAUGCAAUGCCAAGAUGGAAGACAGCUUCGAUCGCGCUGAGCGUCGAUCGCCUUCCCCACUGCUGAGGGCAGGCAAGGAGUGCAAAAAGGAAAGGUCCAGUUCGGGAGACUCUAGUGAGGGAGCGCUAGGGCGAUUUCUUUUGAUCAACAGGGAAGAAUUGGAGCAAGCAGAGAAGGCAGAAGUCAUGAGGGAGUAUCUCACAGAAGUGCCCCUGGACCUAUCAGAUUAUGGAAGAGGAAGAGAGAAAUUGAAGGCAGCCAACAGGCAACCGUCCUCAGGGGAAGAGGAGCCUGGAAGUCCGGUUAAAAGGUCAGCUGAAGACCCCAUUCUUCAUAAAAGCGAUUUGUCCACCUGGCUCCAUGCAGCUGAACGUCUCCACAGGGGCAAAGAGUCAGAGGAGCUCAGCGUGGGAGCCAAGGAGAAAUUCGCAGCAUCUCUGAUCUCUUCACUACAAGAACUUCCCGCGUACAAGCCAGCGUCUUGCAACGCCACAGCCGAUUCAGAAACAAAGGUGCCUUUUGAAGGGCAGAAGGAGCAGAAAAUGGACCAGCCAGGUAACGGAGAUUCUGAGUCGGUCAAUGAAGAAUCUGACGAGCCCAAUACAUCCGAUAGUGAGGUGAUUGGCGCUUGUGAUGAUGAAAGCCUCCAAGUGGCUCCCAUGAAAGAGAAAUACUGUUGCACAACCGAGAUCGCCCAGAGAUCGCAAAAGAAGCGGAAAAGGGGACACGAUUCGCUGGCAAAGGCCUUUAAAAAGCCUGCUCAAGGCAGACGUAAUGGCAAAGCAGCACAGAUCCCAGCCGAUGUGGAGAAGAUCGAAAAGAAACAGCAAACUGCAGCCCUGCUUCCGACCACAAUGAAGACGAAGAGACAUAGCCUGAAUGUGCUUUCUCGCUGGGGCAGAUCCUGCCACUUGAACCAGUGUCAGAUAUUUCUGCUGUGA